AUGACAGCAACACCAGCCUCGGCCCCCGCCGCAUCAUCGGCCCCGCCGGCGGCACUGGAGGCGAGCUGCGCAGCGGCGGGGCAGGCGCACAUUUUGGAGGACUGGGCGGCGCUGUCCGAGGCGGAGCGCGCCGCACUCGCCUCGGAGGUCGAGGCCCUCGACUUUGGGUUUGUGAGGAGCGCCCUUUCCGCCAGCCUCGCCGCCGCGGCGUCGGCCGGCGCCGGCGCGGCGCCGCCGCAGGGCGUCGUUCAGCUGCGUGGCGUGGGGGCGCCGACGGCGGAGCGGCGCGCCGAGUGGAGGGCGCGGGGCCUCAAGCUUGUUGCAGAGGGCAAGUUGGCUGUGUUGCUGCUGGCGGGCGGCCAGGGCACGCGGCUGGGCAGCAAGCUGCCAAAGGGCUGCUAUGACAUUGGCCUGCCCUCCCACAAGAGCCUCUUCCAGCUGCAGGCCGAGCGCCUGCUCGCGCUGCAGCGGCUGGCGGCGCAGGCCAACGGCGGCCGGGGCCGGCCGCUGCUGUGGUUUGUCAUGACCAGCCCCUUCACGCACGCAGACACAGUGGCCCAUUUUGAGGCGGGCGGCUACUUUGGUUUGGACAGGGCCCAGGUGACCUUCUUCCAGCAGGGGUUCCUGCCCUGCAUGACAGAGGAGGGCCAGAUCAUCAUGGAGAGCAGCAGCAAGAUCGCCAAGGCGCCCGACGGCAACGGCGGCCUGUACCGCGCGCUCCGCGUCAGCGGCGCCCUGGCGGCCAUGCAGGCAGCAGGCGUCGAGGCGAUCGACGUGUACUGCGUCGACAACAGCCUGUCCCGCCUGGGUGACCCCGAGUUCGUCGGCUGCUGCCAUGAACGCGGCGCCCAGGUCGGGGCGCGGGUGCUGGCCAAGGCGUGCCCCGAGGAGAAGGUUGGCGUGUUUGCGGCCACGCCGGAGGGCCGCCUGCAGGUGCUGGAGUACUCUGAGCUGGACCCCGCCAAGGCGUCCUCCACCGACCCCGCCACCGGCCAGCUGUAUUUCAACUGGUCGAACAUCUGCAUGCACUACUUCAGCAUCGACUGGCUCGCGACCACGGUGGAGGCCUUGUCGGGCCCCGGCGCCGCGUACCACAUCGCCCGUAAGGCCAUCCCUUCGAAGGACGGCUCCAAGGUCCCGGGCGUGAAGCUGGAGAUGUUCAUAUUCGACCCCUUCGCCACCGCCGAGAGGACCGCGCUGUUCGAGGUCGCGAGGGAGGACCACUUCGGGCCGGUCAAGAACGCCCCCGGCAGCGACACCGACUCGCCCGACACCGCGCGUGCCCUGCUGCUCGCCCAGGGCGCCCGCUGGGCCGCCGCUGCUGGCGCUGACGUGGCGGAGGGCUGCGCGGGGCUAGAGGUGCCGCCCCUGGUGUCGUAUGCUGGGGAGGGGCUCGAGGGGCUGGUGGGCGGCAAGGCGGUCGGCGCGCCGGGGCCGUGGCUGCUGGGAGCGGACGGAUCGAUUGUCUAG